CCAUUUAGUAACAUAUGAAAAUUCAUCAUCCGCUUCGUCCCCCCCAUUAAAUCCACGUCGUGCUGGUCCAUUUCCUGGCCGCCCCCUCAUCUAGGAAAACCCUCAACAAAAGAUUAAUAACAAUCCAAAAGCCGUGUCUAAUAGCGACUCAUUUCCUCCAUCCAGUUGGGACCCCGUCUUGUCCCGUCCCGUCGGGUGCAUAGGAAAUUGAAUUCUGUCCCGCUAGCGCGACUCUAGCGUCGCGACGCUCCACAAUCAGUUCGUUCCGAACGUUGCUCACGAUCGGUUCGGUGUGCGAAGCAUAUUUUCAAAAGCGUCGCGACGGCACAUCGGCGAUGAUUUCGAGAUUGAAAUCGUUAAUAAUCGCUUACGGGCUGUUGUUCAGCCAAGUGACCUGCAACAUAGAAAUAAGAUGCGACAUGAUACCGGAGGGGGUGACGUCGCCGAGAUGCAAGGACGACGCCGAUCGAUACCGGAUCGAAAUAUCCGGAAAUCCGGACUCUUACGUUCCGGGCGAACAAUACACAGUGUAUUUGCGGGGUAGCGGCAAAGAACAGCACCAGCACAAGUUCAGGCACUUCAUCCUGUCGACGGUGAACGAUCAAUUAGAGAAGGAGGAACCGUCGAUAGGCACAUUGCAAUUGUACGGUGACUCUUUAACCCAGUUCAGCAAGCUUUGUUCGAACGCCAUCAUUGAGACCGAUUCACAGCUCAAAAGCGAGAUCCAGGUGUUGUGGUUGGCACCGGCCAAGGGAAGUGGCUGCAUUAAAUUCCGUGCCACCGUUGUCGAAUCCGUGGAUAUGUGGUUCAGCGAGGAUGCGAGCUUGACGAAGAUCAUUUGCGAGGAGUCUCCUGAUUCGGACGACUCACAACCGAAAAUCCUGCGACAUUGUUGCACCUGCGAUGAAGCGAAGUACGAGUUAACAUUCGAAGGACUUUGGUCGAGGAACACUCAUCCAAAGGAUUUUCCAACAAAUGGAUGACUGACAAGGUUUAGUGACAUAAUCGGAGCGUCACAUACUACAAAUUACACAUUUUGGAGCUAUGGUGAUUUUGCCAGCGAAGGAUUAAGACAACUUGGUGAACUUGGUAACACGAGGAUGCUCGAAAGUGAACUUAAAGCAAAGAGUGAUCAUAUAAGAACAAUUAUCAAAGCAAGAGGAAUAAGUUACCCAAACAUCACAGGAAAAACAUUCGCAGUAUUUAGAGUAGACAACAAGCAUCAUUUGAUGUCCAUGGUUUCGAUGAUCGACCCUUCUCCAGACUGGAUCGUCGGAGUCUCCAGUUUGGAGUUGUGUCUUCGUAACUGCACUUGGAUUGAGUCGAAAGUUUUGAACUUGUAUCCAUGGGAUAUUGGGACAGAUGAUGGAGUAUCAUACUUGUCUCCAGAUCAGCCAACAGUUCCAAUGCAACCAAUACGUAAGAUAAAAUCAUCAAGUAAUAUGGACCCCAGAUCCCCUUUCUUUGACCCUAAAAAAUCCGAAAUGAAACCCUUCGCCAAAUUAACCCUGUCCCGCCAGCGCCUGUACGAGAAAACCUGCGACCACACCGACUUCGAAGAGGUCGACGACAACAGCGAGAAAUGCGAAACGGGGGAUUGGUCCGACUGGUCGCCCUGCUCAGCAACUUGCGGCCGUGGAGUCAAGUACAAACAAAGAAAAUACAAGAACGAAGAGAGCAAAUACCUGUGCCACAAAAAACUGACGGUCAGAGCCAAUUGCGAAGCUGUACAAGUGUACUGUCCUAGGAAACCGAACAGGGACAUACCGAAUCCUUUGUGCGAACUGGGUUCUUGGUCCGAAUGGUCGAGUUGCAGCGUGUCAUGCGGAAAAGGCACCAAAACUAGGGACAGAAAGUUCAAGAACAGAUUAGCUGCCAAGACUUGCAUGUCCGGUAAGGUUAAGCCGCCAAUUCUGCAGCAGAAUUUGGAGUGUUACGGCGAGGGGAAGUGCGAGGAUUACGAGGACGAAGUGCCGGAAAACUGUCCUAAUAGACCUUGGAGUGAUUGGUCGCCUUGUUCGGCUACUUGUGGUAAAGGUUACAAGGAACGAUAUAGGUUGUCGUUCGAGUACAGCAAAAAGGAUACGAUUUAUUGGCCGUUUUACAAAAAAAUUGGGGUGGUUGAUGAAGGGGAUGAGUUGGACGAGGAGGAUCCUUGUAUGGGACAAAGAAUUAAGGAGACCGUCGAAUGUGUCGAACCUGCUUGUCCUAAAGUUGAAAUCAAACUAAAUGAUUCGGUAUGUAGGUUACCAAUGGAUGUCGGAGCUUGCAAGAGUAAUUAUGACAGAUGGUACUUCAAUAAUAUUCGAGGAGAAUGUGAGAUUUUCAGUUACAGCGGAUGCGAAGGCAAUUUGAAUAACUUCAACACUUUGGAACAAUGUCAAAAACUCUGUGCAAAAUAUCAAAAAGAAUUAUUGGCUAACUACAACGCAAAAAGGAAAGAAUUAGAUGUGAGCAUUUCAGGAGUACUUUCAUAUAGUAUUCAAAAUGAUAUGCCACAUGGUGUUAUUAUUAUAAAAAAUGAAUCUCUAGAAACUUCAAAAAACAUAUCACAUGGACCAGCACGUGGAAUUGAGAAACGUAUUGUGACAAGAAACAUAACUGUAACCGAUUGUGUUGUAUCAUCUUGGUCGAAAUUUGGACCUUGCAUUUCUAAACAUAUCUGUGGAGCUGGGAAAAAGAUCAAAACCAGGAGCAUCAAAGUUCAUCCUUCGCCAGGUGGAAGAACUUGUCCUAAGAAAUUGAUUAAGUCAAAAAAAUGUUUUAUUAAUUGCAACAAAGUAGCAGAUGAACCCAAAAAUGAAACUGUAGAUUGUUUGUUAUCGUCAUGGACUUCUUGGUCUUUGUGCGAUUCAAAUUGUUCUAAAGAAUUGUCUGUUAGACAAAGAUUUGUCUUGGUGCAACCAAAAAAUGGUAAACCCUGUGGUGAAACCAUACAAAGAAAACCUUGUCCUUGUAUCAAAUAGAAGAUAACUGUUUAAUUUACUAUAUACAUAAUUAAAACGUUUCAUCCUGAUGACAAUAAAGUUAAACUAUAUGAAAUAAAUAGGUUUGGAUUAGAGGGAUUUAGGCUGUAUUGUUCUGAAAUCCGAUAAUAACAUUGUCAGUAAUAAAUAAUGAAAAAACU